AUGCCAAACAACAGCCUGGGGCUGAGCAGCCUGGACGGGAUUUACAUCGGUUCCGAGUGCCUGAUUGCUUUGUUUGCCACUUUGGGUAACGUCCUGGUCAUCUGGGUGGUGAAGCUGAACUCCAAGUUUCAGAACACGACUCUGUACUUCAUCGUUUCCCUGGCGCUGGCUGACAUCGUGGUGGGGACCCUCGUCGUGCCCCUGGCCAUCGUGGUGAGCCUGGGCAUCAGGGUCCACUUCCACACCUGCCUGUUCAUGUGCUGCCUGAUGAUGGUUUUCACCACUGCAUCCAUCCUCUCCCUCCUGGCCAUCGCCGUCGACAGGUACCUGCGAGUGAAGCUGCCAACCAGAUAUAAAAUAAUCACUACAGAGAGAAGAAUUUGGUGGGCACUGGGUUUGUGCUGGUCCAUGUCCCUGCUGGUAGGAUUAAUCCCCAUGUUUGGAUGGAACAACAUGGAACCACAGCACUCUGAGCUGCUGCGGUGCCGGUUCACCGCCGUGGUGAGGAUGGAUUACCUGGUCUAUUUUGGCUUUUUUGCAUGGACCCUCGUCCCGUUGUUCAUCAUGUGUGCUCUGUAUGCUGAAAUCUUCUACAUCAUCCGGACAAAGCUGAGCCAAGGUACGGCUGGCGUGAGAGGGGCAGGAGGGUUUUAUGGGCAGGAGUUCAGGACAGCCAAAUCUCUAGUGCUCGUUCUCUUCCUGUUUGCAGUAUCCUGGUUGCCUCUGUGCAUUAUAAACUGUGUUUCCUAUUUUUACCCUGAGUGUCAGAUCCCCCAGUAUGUGAUGUACUUGGGAAUCCUGUUGUCUCAUGCCAACUCUGCCAUGAACCCCAUUGUCUAUGCCUGCAAGAUAAAGAAAUUCAAAAACACCUACCUUUUAAUUUUAAGGACCUAUAUCCUGUGCAGAAAACCAGACCCUGUUCUUACAGAGCAAACAACAGACUAA